AUGUGUUAUUUUAAUCGUUUAUCAGCCAUUUCACCUCUAUCUGACGCUCAAAUUGUAAUUGGCGCUUUCUUUUCCCUACAUAAUCCUCCAACAUUACAUGGAGGUGGUCGAUUACGAGAAUGUGGUGAUAUUCGUGAAGACUAUGGUAUUCAUCGUGUCGAAGGAACAUUUUGGAUACUUGAUCAAAUUAAUUCUAAUCAAUCUAUAUUACCAAAUAUUAGUCUAGGAUAUCAAAUUCGUGAUUCUUGUUGGUAUGCACCUGUUGCUCUUGAACAAACGAUUGAAUUUAUUGGUAAUUCAGUAUUAAAUCCUGGAGAUUUAGUAUUGAAUGCGAAUGGAAAUCGAGCUCGAUUAGCUGCUGUUAUUGGUCCAGGUGAUAGUUCAAUAACUAUGCAAACACAUAAUAUUUUACAAUUAUUUGAAAUGCCACAAAUUGGUUAUUCAGCAACAGCAAAACAAUUAAGUGAUAAAGAAAAAUUUAAAUAUUUCACACGUGUUAUUGCAUCAGAUACACAACAAGCACAAGCAAUUGUUGAUAUUAUACGACAAUUUAAAUGGAGUUAUGUUGCUACAAUUGGUACUGAAGGUGAUUAUGGUCGUGGUGGUGUUGAAGCUAUUCGUCGUUUACUUUAUAAAGAUGCAUGUAUUGGUGAAGAUUUAACAAUGCCAAUUGGUGCCAAUCAAACAGUUGCUACUCAGCUAAUUAAACAACUCGUUAUUCGAGCUCCUCGUGUACAAGUACUAAUAUGUUUUUGUCUCGAUCAUUCUAUUCGAGCUAUUCUACAAGCCGUAAAUGAGUUAAAUUAUACACAACGAUUUAUUAUUCUUGGAAGUGAUGCUUGGGCUGAUCGUUUGAAUGUAAUACCAAAUAAUACUGAAAGUGUCGCAUUAGGUGCAAUCACAAUUAAAGCACGUUCAUUACGUGUACCCGGUUUUGAACAAUAUUUUCGUCAAUUACAUGUACAUAAUAAUACACGAAAUGUUUGGUUUCGUGAAUAUUGGCAACAAAAAUUUGCAUGUACAUUUAAUGAUACGGAAAAUAGAUUUAUACGUCGACCAAAUAAAUAUAUUCCACCAUGUAUACCUGAACGUGAAAGUCUUGCUAAAGCACCUUAUAAUGAAGAUCCAAAACUUGCAUUUGUUAUUAAUUCAAUAUUAGCGGUUGUACAUGGUCUAGAUAAAAUGCAUAAACAAAUUUGUAAUGGAACUGCUGGUUUAUGUACAGAAAUGGCUCGUAUGAAUUCAUCAUUAUUAAUGCAUUUUUUAAAAAGUAGUCGAUUUACAGGAAUUACUGGUGAAGAAGUAUUUUUUGAUGAAAAUGGAGAUGGUCCUGGAAGAUAUGACGUAUUGAAUUUACAAGGUAACCCAAAUGAUCCCGAUAAUCAACUUCAUUAUGUUCAAGUUGGAACAUGGAGUACAGGAAAAUUAAAUUUAAAUAUAUCAGCUAUACGUUUUUUUUCUGAUCAACGUCCAUUCGAACAAAUAAAUGUUCGUCGAUUUUGUAGUGAUUCUUGUCCAACUGGUUAUAUUAAAAAAUAUACGGAUGAAGAAAGAUGUUGUUGGAAAUGUCUUUCAUGUGGUGAUGCUAUUGUACUUGAUGAAGUAACAUGUUUUACAUGUCCACCUGGUUUUGGUCCUAAUGCUGAUCAUACAGCUUGCGGUCUUCUACCAAUAAUAACAAUCAAUUUUCGUCAUCCACUAUCAAUCAUAAUCUGUUUUAUAGCUGGUGUUGGUAUACUUAUAAGUAUUUUUGUUGUUUAUAUAUUUAUACGUUUUAAUGCAACACCAGUUGUUAAAUCAACAACAAGAGAAUUAAGUUAUUUAAUUCUAACAGGAAUAUUAUUUUGUCAUUUAACAGCAUUUAUUGUUUUACAAAAACCAUCAUUUAUUAUAUGUGUUUUAACACGUUUAUUACCUGGUAUAUCAUUUUCCAUGAUAUAUGGUUCAUUAGUAACAAAAACAAAUCGUAUAGCACGUAUAUUAGCACGUAGUAAAAAGAAAAUUAUGACAAAACGUUUAAAAUUUAUGAGUGCAAAACAUCAACUUGCUAUUGCUUGUCUUAUACUUGUUACUGAAAUUAUUAUUGUUGCUGUUACUGUUUAUCGAGAUCCACCUAAAGCAGUUUUAAUUGAAACAGGUGGACGUUUAUUACUAACAUGUAAAAAAUCACUUCAAGGUAUUGUAGCUCCACUUGGUUUUGAUGGUUUACUUGUUUUUUUAUGUACACUCUAUGCUAUUAAAACAAGAAAUUUACCUGAAAAUUUUAACGAAGCGAAAUUUAUUGGUUUUUCUAUGUAUACAACAUGUGUUAUAUGGUUAGCAUUUGCUGCUGUACAUUUUGCUACUGACGUUAAAGUUUUUUCAUUAUGUGUUGCAACAAAUGCAAGUGCAUAUGUUGUAUUAAUAUUUCUUUUUUUUCCCAAACUUUACUUAAUUAUAUUUAAACCAGAAAAAAAUCAACGAAGUGCAUUUGCAACAAAUAAAGAUAUUCGUUGUCAUUUUGGUUCAUCAACAUCAAAAAGUGAUAUGUCAUCUUAUCAAUUUAAUGAUGGUUCAGCAUUAUUUCGUCGAUCUGUUUUACAUCGUAUUCGUUUUGGUAAUACUAUACGUUUAAAAGCUGAAUUAGAACAUGCAGCUGCUGUAUCACGUAAUGUUGAUUCAUCGAAUCAUGAACGUCGUUCAUCGCGUACUUUAACAGCUGAUCCAGGUCAAUGGACACAAAAUUAUCACCAUCGUCGUCGUUCAUCAACUCCAGCAAAACUACCAGCAACACCAAAAAAUACUGAUAGUUUACCUCAAGAUACGAAUAUAUUAAAUUCAACAACAUCGGAUAAUAUGCCUAAAAUACGACAAACAGAUUCACUUCCACUUAUUUCAUCUGUAAUACCACCAAUAUCUUUAACAUCUUCAAUGGAUAUUAUCGAUCUCGAAACGAAUGAAAAAACACCGAUGAUCAAUCAACAACAACGAUCAUUAACUCAUUCACCUGAUUGUAUUUAUGCAACUAGCCAGUCCAAUAUGAUGAAUUCUAUUGCACCGAAUGAUUUAGUUCGACAUCGUCAUAAAACUACACGAAAGAGAAGUAUUUCAAGUUCAAUUAAUGAUUUACCAUUAUCAAUGAAAAUACCUGAAAUUGAAAGUGAAACAUCUAGUGCAUGGACAAAUGAAGGCAUAGGAUUUAAUUCCUAUCAAACAACAACACCAAUAAUAAAUCCUGAACCUGCUUGUUCAUGUCAAUUACUAUGGCAAUUAGAACGAGAUACUGAUAGUAUUGAUAAAUUUAAAUUAUUUUUUAAACGAGAUCAUUUAAAUGUCGAUUGGGAUUAUGUACAAGGUUCAAGUGAAGUUUAA